GACAUAAAUAUCAGAGUCAGCUGAGACCAGAGUCACUUCUUCUACUCAUUCGCCGUUGGUUCUUUGUAUUCACAGUCAUGGCCGGGAUGAUGUGCGGCGGCACCGGGAAACAGAGGGCGGCGGAUACGGAAGUGCAGGAAAUCUGUGAGAAGGUGAAGGCGGAGUUUGUGCAGAAGUCUGGGGUCAAUUCGUCCGUGUUUGAAGCCGUCUCCUACAAAACUCAAGUAGUGGCCGGGACCAAUUACUUUAUUAAGGCUCACAUUGGAGGGAACAAGUGUGCCCACCUGCGUGUGUAUAAGCGACUGCCCCACCAGCAGGAGGCGCUCAGUCUCGAUUCAUUCCUACUGGACAAGACUAUGGAGGAGGAGAUUGUUUAUUUCUAACCCUUUGUGUGCCGGAAUCAUAGUGCAAACUGCCCCACUGUAGAUUAACCACUGGUGACACAUAGAGGGUUAAAUGCAAUUACUGUGUCGCCAUCUGCCCUUGCUAUGUGUCCCCUGUAAUCUGCCCCCUUCCUCCCAGUAACAGCCUUAACUGUCUAUUUUUUUUAUUUUUAAAAACAUCUUGAAUUGAA